GAGAAAGGGCUCUCAUUGAUUCCAGCCGACGUUUAGGAUGAAGACAGCUCUGUUUCUCCUCCUUGCUUUGGCUGUGGCCACUAGCCCAGCCUGGGCACUACAAUGUCAUGUGUGCAGCAGCACUACCAACUGUAAGAAAGCUCAGGUCUGUCCGGCCAACUCCUACUACUGUAAAACCGUCACCACAGUGGAGCCUCUGAAUGGGAACCUGGUGAGGAAAGACUGUGCAAGCACAUGCAUCUCCAACUACAGCCAGCAGGGCCACGUCAGCAGUGGUUCCGAGGUCACACACUGCUGCCAGAGUGACCUGUGCAAUGAGAGUCUGAACAACGCUGCACCUGGACGUGCCCAGCUCAGCAGCGGCAUCCUGGGCCUGGCAACGAGCCUCGGCCUUCUCGCUGUUGUGACUCUCUGCCUGUAAUUCACUGCUUGGAAUUUCCCUUGCCUCUCCCCUUCUAGGCCCCAGGGUCCCCACGGCCCCUCCUUUGGCCAUGAUGGAGGCACCAGAUGCUAAGGCUGGGGGAUGCCCUUCAAGGCUGGGGCUGAGUCCUGAUGGGCAUCAAGAGUCGAUGUCAUACAUAGUACAGGACAGGAAGGUGUGGCCUGCUUCCCAGCAUGAAAGAUGACGGACAGACAUG